ACAGCAUGGAACUGUCACUUUGCAGGUCCUCACUUAGUGUCAUGAUAACAAUCUUCCUCGGUUUGUUCUGUGUAGUUCGGGGCCAGCAGUUGGUCCUCAAGGAGCUGCACACUCUCCACCAAUGGACGAAUCUCAGUUUGGGCGACGACCUGUCCAAGGACAAUCGCUUCCUGCCGGUGGAUGUGGACAUUGAGUACGGCGAUGAGGGCAGACAUCGCACCUUCCUCACAAUCCCGCGACUUGGCAUGGCCACACCCUUUACACUGGCCACCGUGGUUGCGGACGACAACGCGGUGGUGGAGAAUCCCAGGCUGGAGGCCUAUCCUAGUGAGGAGUGGCAUGUGCCACCCAAUAAUUGCUCGGGCAUCACCUCCGCCAUUAGGACUUAUAUAGACGAAUGCUGGCGGCUCUGGGUGGUGGACUCGGGGCAAGUGAACUCCAUACAGCUGUGCCCACCGCAGAUCCUGACCUUUGACCUGGUCAAAGAUGAACUAAUACAGCGACACUCAAUUCCGCCGGAAGCCUACACGCCCAGCGUUUCCAUCUUCACAGCUUUGGUGGUGGAUCUGGCGGAGAGUGGGACGCCAAAUCGUUGUGUCGGUGGCACGGCCUAUAUAGCCGAUGCCUGGGGAUAUGGCCUGAUCGUGUUUGAUUCCCUGUCCGGCCGAUCCUGGCGCAUAGAGCACGAGUCCAUGAAGCCCUCGGAUUUGGUGGGUACAGGAUUGGCCCGAUCCAGCAACACCCAGGCGGGAAUAUUCACAGUAAGCCUGAGUCCCAGCGAAGUUGAAGAGCGCUUCCUUUACUUCCACACACUGAAUGGCUUCAAUGAGGUCAUGGUGUCCCUCGAUUUGAUCAACAAUGAAACGUUCUGGAAAUCCCCGAAUGCCAGUCAAGUCGUAGAUCACUUCCGAACCCUGGGCACCCGCGGAAUCCAAUGCGAAUCGGAAGUGAUGGAUCAGUCCGGGAAUCUCUUCUGCAGCCUCAUCAGCUUGGGGGCUCUCGUAAACUGGCAGGAGAGCUCCAAUUACACGGCGGACGACCUUCGAGUGGUGGCCUACAAUCCGCACAAGAUCAAAUUCGUCACGGGCCUCAAGAUCAACCGAAAUUCCAAGGGUGAGGAGGAGCUCUGGGCCUUGAGCAGUCAGCCGAAGCUCUUUGUGGGCGGUGCUCUGCCCCAAAACGAGGUCAAGUUUCAAAUAAUUGGUUGCCGCACGGCUGACCUUCUUGCCAAUACCCCGUGUACAGUGGGCGCUACAGAAAACACGCCCACUAACGUUUAAAUAAAUCUUAGUCUAACGAGUUUUAAA